AAAUGUCUUUUGCUGGGACGUAUAGCAAGCGCACCCCUCCCUCUCCCCCCCCCCCCCCCCCCACCCCUCUAGACGACCGAGAUGAAUCUUAUCCUGUCUUGUUUGUUAAGUUUUCCUCCUUCCACUAGCACUUCCCACUUGAUGGCAUGUUUACUUAUUUUAACCUCCGUUUUUUUUGGGUUGUUGUUUUUGUGCAACUGGAUGUACAUAUGAUUAGUUUUAUCCAAAACGUUGACUCAAUUCAAGAUUUCUUAAACUUUCAUCGAGCCUCUGUCUCACUCGGACCUCCCGUGACCGGAUUUGCCAGGCAACACUUACGUUAGAGAUACUUAAAAGUCCAAUGCCAGAUCAUUCCUGUACUUUUUUUUUUCUCGCGGAACCGUAGUGCAAAUUCUAGUUCAACGAACGAAUAGGGAUAUGCCAUAGCCAUGCAAGCCAAGUAGCUCUAGGUAAAGAUUUGUACGAUUAGGAUUAUUGAAGCAACGUAUUACGCCGAACGUUUACCAUAUUAACCAAAGUCAGUGGGAAAGUCGCAACAUUGAAUGAACAAGCAGGGUGCCAAGGGUCGAUUAAUCGCACAAGCAGCAUGCCCACUCGCUUGUUUGGCGUAUUAGGGCGGUGAUCGGGCUUUUAAAGCCGGUGCAGGUUUUUUUUUUGUUUAUUAAAAUUAAUGCAGGAAUAAUCACAAACAGGCGUUCAUAUACACAAUACACCUAGACAGAACAGCUACAGUUAAUCAGAGGUGCCUUAAACUGGAGACCAAGACUUCCGAUUAUGUGCAUAUCUCCCCACCACCGUGCUUUUAGCACGACAUGUACACCUAAGUUUGAAUUGCGGCAAACCAUGCAAAGAGCAACAAGUGGAACGGCAAAUCAGACAGUACUUAGUAAAACAGUGGGCGCCGGUGCCCCGAUGGGGAUGGGGAGGUGCUCCGAUUCGCAAUGCCAUAUAAAACAAAAUAGCUUUAGGUUAGUUUACUAGUUGAAAUAGGUGCUAAGAUUCUUGUGCCUUCGGGGACAGUUGCGGAAGGCGGGCAAAGUGGUGCAGUGCAGGAUGUUCGUUGAUGGCCCUGCCCGAGAGACUUCCUGGCUGUAGAGAUAGCACAGAAUUGCAUAGCGAUUUGAAACGCUUUGACGCCCACAGGGUUAGGCAACGAUGUAUAUUAAUAGGUUAGUUUCCUCUUCCUCAUUGGUCGUUGAUUGCAUUCGAUUGCAUUGUCGUUAUCUGACGCGUUUCGUUGGCUUUGUUUCCACCAUCAAUCCGAUGGCAGUAUUACUCCUUUAGUUACCCAUCUUGCUUACUCCGUACAGCUUCACUUUCAUGCUAUAUUUCAUUGCAUAUCUUCCGAUCUGCCCACUGGAUGGCUACUACUUUCCACUGGAGCCAUUUUUCGGCACACGUUUUCCCGGUUUCUAACUGGUGCUAGAGCCAAACUGUUCAUUACCGGCAAUUUUCUCCGACAAACGUGGACUUUAUUUCUCGUUUUAUUUUUGUUGCAUUUACCAAGGUAUCAGAGUAUAAUAGUUACCGUAGCCGUGAGUGUAGUAAAAAGCAAACAUGACUGAGCGAUGCAAUUCAUACUGAGUUUUGCUAAUAAUCCAUGUGAUGUGAAGAUGUGAUCCCUUGUUCCUCUCACCCGCCCCUGGGGGGCCAGCGAAACCCCCGUUUGAACAUUCUUCAUUCCAAAACGUAUAGAUUUCUUGUUAUUUCGUACUCGCAAGUACAUACGAUGAAUUUAACGGGUAGAGUAGGGGCUGUAAUGGCCCGAUCGGGCCACGCAAACUAUAUAGUUGAACGAUGAUGAAGUGAGAUGUGUAAAAGGAAAUAAACAAACUGCAUUUGGUUAUAA